AUGGAUAUUCUAAACUACAAAUUUGAUAAGGUUAUUCUAUUUUAUGAAGAAACUCUAGAAGUCCUCAAUAAGCAUGCUCCUACCGCCGAAGCCUAUGGGAAUCUGACCAAGAUUUUCAAUGUUAGUUUUCAAAAGGUGUUUGACAAUUUUGGAGAGCUAAAGGAACAAGUCGAGCUUUCACCAAAGAUUGGGCCCUCCGAUACAAGAGUGGGAAAAGAACCAAGUAGUGGAUGGAAAUGGAAUAAUAAGUUCACACCAAGAGAUGAAUCCUUAGAUGAAGAAGCUAACAACAAAGAUAUACAAGUGGUCACUGAAAAUCAUCCUCCUUUGGAAAAGAUUAUUUCUGAAGAAGAAAAAUUAAAUGGCUAA